AUGGCAGAACUGCUACCAACCAACACCAGAAUCAUGUGGUCGUGGCAGUCAAAUUCAGAUCCCUGGAAUGAACAACAGACGAAAGGAUGGCAACGUUAUUCGGAUUUAGAAAUUGAUUUGAUCGAACGAGAAUAUCAGAAUAACGAGAAAAUGGUUGAAUUAGGAAAUUAUAUUAUUGAUUUUAUGCAGAUGUAUCAAUUUAGAAAAGGAUGA